GCCACGGGCGAGCGGGCGAAGGACGGGAGGAGGCGGGGGAGCGGCGGGGCUCGGCCGCCCCGCGGUGCCGCAGCAACGCCGUGCCCGUUGCAGGCUGGGAUUUCAUCCCCAGAGAUCCACCCCCUCGAUUCUCAAAGCUCCGGCGCCUUUUUCCUCUCAAGCGUCUCCAAAAAGCUGGAAAAUGCACUGACUGACUGCACAAGAGCGGGUUACUGGAAGCCUCCCACGUGGUCAAAUAGUACUCUCGGCCAACCUUAUUUUCUAUUAAAUGAAGUUUAAUUUUGAGGUGCUGCAGUAGGAACCUGCGGGUGCCUGGGCACCAUGGUGGCCCUGUCCCUGAAGAUCUGUGUGCGCCAGUGCAAUGUGGUGAAGACCAUGCAGUUCGAGCCCUCCACGGCCGUCUACGACGCCUGCAGAGUCAUCCGGGAGCGAGUGCCCGAGGCUCAGACAGGCCAAGCCUCUGACUAUGGAUUGUUCUUGUCAGACGACGACCCUCGAAAAGGUAUAUGGCUGGAGGCUGGAAGAACACUGGAUUAUUACAUGCUGAGGAAUGGGGAUAUAUUAGAGUACAAAAAGAAACAGAGACCUCAGAAAAUACGGAUGUUGGAUGGCUCGGUGAAAACAGUCAUGGUGGAUGAUUCUAAAACAGUUGGGGAGCUGCUGGUUACCAUUUGCAGCAGGAUAGGGAUAACAAAUUAUGAGGAAUAUUCCUUAAUCCAGGAAAGCAUCGAAGAGAAGAAAGAGGAGAGUACAGGGACACUAAAGAAAGACAGGACACUGCUACGGGAUGAGAGGAAAAUGGAAAAACUGAAGGCAAAGCUCCACACAGAUGAUGACUUGAACUGGCUGGAUCACAGCAGGACCUUCAGAGAGCAGGGCGUCGAUGAAAACGAGACGCUGCUGUUGAGAAGGAAGUUCUUUUAUUCAGACCAGAACGUGGAUUCGAGAGACCCAGUUCAGCUUAAUCUGCUCUAUGUUCAGGCUCGUGAUGACAUCCUGAAUGGUUCCCACCCUGUCUCCUUUGAGAAGGCCUGUGAGUUUGGAGGCUUCCAAGCACAGAUCCAGUUUGGACCUCAUGUAGAACACAAACACAAACCUGGAUUUUUAGACCUAAAAGAAUUCCUGCCUAAAGAAUAUACCAAACAAAGAGGGGCUGAAAAGAGAAUAUUUCAGGAGCACAAGAACUGUGGGGAGAUGACUGAGAUAGAAGCCAAAGUGAAGUACGUGAAGCUCGCCCGCUCGCUGCGCACCUACGGCGUGUCCUUCUUCCUGGUGAAGGAAAAAAUGAAAGGCAAAAACAAGCUGGUGCCUCGCUUGCUGGGUGUCACCAAGGACUCGGUGAUGAGGGUGGAUGAGAAGACCAAGGAGGUGCUGCAGGAGUGGCCCCUGACCACCGUGAAACGCUGGGCUGCCUCCCCAAAAAGCUUCACUCUGGAUUUUGGUGAAUAUCAGGAAAGCUAUUACUCGGUACAGACCACUGAAGGAGAACAGAUCUCUCAAUUAAUUGCAGGUUACAUUGAUAUCAUCCUGAAGAAGAAACAAAGCAAAGAUAGAUUUGGGCUUGAAGGUGAUGAGGAGUCAACCAUGUUGGAAGAAUCUGUUUCACCUAAGAAGUCCACCAUCGUGCAGCAGCAGUUCAACCGCACCGGGAAGGUGGAGCACGGCUCGGUGGCGCUGCCCGCCGUCAUGCGCUCGGGCUCCAGCGGCCCCGAGACCUUCAACGUGGGCAUCAUGCCCUCCCCCCAGCAGCAGGUCACCCUCGGGCAGAUGCACAGAGGACACAUGCCCCCGCUUACCUCAGCCCAGCAGGCCCUGAUGGGCACCAUCAACACCAGCAUGCACGCGGUGCAGCAGGCACAGGCCGACCUCAGCGAGGUGGACAACCUGCCUCCCCUGGGGCAGGACAUGGCAUCCAGAGUAUGGGUUCAGAACAAGGUGGAUGAAUCCAAACAUGAAAUCCACUCUCAGGUCGAUGCAAUCACCGCAGGAACUGCAUCUGUUGUGAACCUUACUGCAGGGGACCCAGUUGACACUGACUACACUGCUGUGGGAUGUGCAAUCACAACCAUCUCUUCCAACCUCACUGAGAUGUCCAAAGGUGUGAAACUGCUCGCUGCUCUCAUGGAUGAUGAGGUUGGGAGUGGAGAAGACCUCCUGAAAGCUGCUCGAACCCUGGCCAGCGCUGUCUCAGACCUGCUGAAGGCUGUGCAACCGACUUCAGGAGAGCCUCGACAGACAGUUCUGACUGCAGCUGGAAGCAUCGGACAAGCAAGUGGGGAGCUGCUGAGACAGAUUGGAGAGAACGAAACAGAUGAAAGGUUCCAGGACGUCCUGAUGAGUUUGGCCAAAGCUGUUGCCAACGCUGCUGCCAUGCUGGUGCUGAAGGCCAAGAACGUGGCCCAGGUGGCUGAGGACACGGUGCUGCAGAACAGGGUCAUUGCUGCUGCCACACAGUGUGCACUCUCCACUUCCCAGCUCGUGGCUUGUGCCAAGGUUGUGAGUCCCACCAUCAGCUCCCCGGUGUGCCAGGAACAGCUGAUCGAGGCUGGGAAGCUGGUGGACCGCUCGGUGGAGAACUGUGUGAGGGCCUGCCAGGCUGCCACAGACGAUACCGAGCUGCUGAAGCAGGUCAGUGCAGCUGCCAGCAUCGUCAGCCAGGCGCUGAACGACCUCCUGCAGCACGUGCGGCAGUUUGCCAGCAGGGGGGAGCCCAUCGGCCGCUACGACCAGGCCACGGACACCAUCAUGUGUGUCACAGAGAGCAUCUUCAGCUCCAUGGGGGAUGCUGGUGAGAUGGUGCGGCAGGCGCGGGUGCUGGCUCAGGCCACCUCCGACCUCGUCAAUGCCAUGAGGUCGGACGCCGAGGCAGAGAUAGACAUGGAGAACUCCAAGAAGCUCCUGGCUGCUGCCAAGCUCCUGGCAGACUCCACGGCACGCAUGGUGGAAGCUGCAAAGGGAGCUGCAGCCAAUCCUGAAAACGAGGACCAGCAGCAGCGUCUGAGGGAGGCAGCGGAGGGACUGCGGGUGGCCACCAAUGCUGCUGCUCAGAACGCCAUCAAGAAGAAGAUUGUCAACAGAUUGGAGAUUGCAGCUAAACAAGCUGCAGCUGCUGCCACUCAGACCAUUGCAGCCUCUCAGAAUGCAGCUGUUUCCAACAAGAACACAGCAGCCCACCAGCAGCUUGUGCAGAGCUGUAAGAAUGUUGCGGACCACAUUCCCCAGCUGGUGCAGGGUGUGAGAGGAAGUCAAGCUCAGGCAGAAGACCUCAGUGCCCAGCUUGCUUUGAUAAACUCCAGCCAGAAUUUCCUGCAGCCUGGAAGUAAGAUGGUGGCCUCUGCCAAGGCUGCAGUGCCCACGGUGACCGAUCAAGCAGCAGCGAUGCAGCUCAGCCAGUGUGCCAAGAACCUUGCCACCAGCCUGGCUGAGCUCCGAACAGCCUCCCAGAAGGCUCACGAGGCUUGUGGCCCCAUGGAAAUCGAUUCUGCCUUGAACACGGUGCAGACCCUCAAAAAUGAGCUGCAGGACGCGAAGAUGGCGGCGGUGGAAGGACAGUUAAAACCCCUCCCCGGAGAAACUCUUGAGAAAUGCACUCAGGACUUGGGAAGCACAUCCAAAGCAGUUGGAUCUUCAAUGGCCCAGUUGUUAACUUGUGCUGCUCAGGGCAACGAGCACUACACAGGAGUUGCUGCCAGAGAAACCGCUCAGGCUCUGAAGACUUUGGCUCAGGCGGCACGAGGGGUUGCAGCAUCGACCACCGACCCCGUGGCAGCACAUGCCAUGUUGGAUUCAGCAAGGGAUGUGAUGGAAGGCUCUGCCAUGCUGAUCCAGGAGGCCAAGCAGGCCCUGGCUGCCCCAGGGGAUGCAGACAGUCAGCAGAGAUUAGCCCAGGUGGCAAAAGCAGUGUCUCACUCCUUGAAUAACUGUGUCAACUGCCUGCCUGGACAGAAGGAUGUGGAUGUGGCCUUGAAGAGUAUUGGGGAGUCCAGCAAGAAGCUCCUUGUUGAUUCGCUACCUCCCAGUUCCAAGUCGUUUCAGGAAGCUCAGAGUGAACUGAACCAGGCGGCAGCAGACCUCAAUCAGUCAGCAGGAGAAGUUGUCCACGCCACACGGGGUCAAAGUGGGGAGCUGGCUGCAGCCUCGGGGAAAUUCAGCGAUGAUUUUGAUGAAUUUCUUGAUGCUGGUAUUGAAAUGGCUGGCCAAGCACAAACUAAAGAGGACCAGAUCCAAGUCAUAGGUAACCUCAAGAGCAUCUCCAUGGCUUCCAGCAAGCUCUUACUGGCUGCCAAGUCCCUCUCUGUUGAUCCUGGAGCUCCUAAUGCCAAGAACCUCCUGGCAGCAGCAGCAAGAGCUGUGACUGAGAGCAUAAACCAGCUCAUCACACUGUGCACCCAGCAGGCUCCUGGCCAGAAGGAAUGUGACAAUGCCCUCAGAGAACUGGAGACAGUUAAGGGGAUGCUGGACAACCCCAAUGAGCCUGUGAGUGACCUCUCCUAUUUUGACUGUAUUGAGGGCGUCAUGGAAAACUCAAAGGUUCUUGGCGAGUCGAUGGCGGGCAUUUCCCAGAACGCAAAAACUGGGGAUCUUUUAGUCUUUGGAGAAUGUGUUGGAGUUGCAUCCAAGGCUCUUUGUGGCCUCACAGAGGCAGCAGCUCAGGCCGCUUACCUGGUUGGCAUCUCGGAUCCAAACAGCCAGGCUGGUCAGCAGGGUCUUGUUGACCCAAUCCAAUUCGCCAGAGCCAACCAAGCAAUCCAGAUGGCUUGCCAGAAUUUGGUGGAUCCAGCAAGCAGCCCAUCACAGGUGCUGUCAGCUGCCACCAUCGUGGCCAAGCACACGUCAGCGCUGUGCAACGCGUGUCGCAUCGCCUCCUCCAAAACCGCCAACCCCGUGGCCAAGAGGCACUUCGUGCAGUCUGCCAAGGAGGUGGCCAACAGCACUGCCAACCUGGUCAAGACCAUCAAGGCCCUGGACGGAGAUUUCUCUGAAGAGAACCGUAACAAGUGCAGAAUUGCCACUGCCCCUUUGAUCGAGGCUGUGGAAAACCUGACAGCCUUUGCCUCCAAUCCAGAGUUUGUCAGCAUCCCAGCACAGAUCAGCACUGAGGGGUCACGAGCCCAGGAGCCCAUCCUGGUCUCUGCCAAGACGAUGCUGGAGAGUUCCUCGUUGCUGAUCAAAACUGCCCGUUCCUUGGCCAUCAAUCCCAAGGACCCUCCCACCUGGUCAGUGCUGGCCGGGCACUCCCACACGGUCUCAGACUCCAUCAAGAGCCUCAUCACCUCCAUCAGGGACAAGGCCCCAGGGCAGCGAGAAUGCGACUUCUCCAUCGACGGCAUCAACAGGUGCAUCAGGGACAUCGAGCAGGCGUCGCUGGCCGCCGUCAGCCAGAGCCUGGCCACCAGGGAUGACAUCUCCGUGGAGGCCCUGCAGGAGCAGCUGACGUCAGUGGUGCAGGAAAUCGGGCACCUCAUCGAUCCCAUAGCCACGGCAGCGCGGGGAGAGGCGGCUCAGCUGGGGCACAAGGUGACACAGCUGGCAAGUUACUUUGAACCCCUGGUUUUAGCUGCAGUUGGUGUGGCAUCCAAGACACUAAACCAUCAGCAGCAGAUGACUGUGUUGGACCAGAGCAAGACACUAGCAGAGUCUGCCUUACAGAUGCUGUAUGCUGCCAAAGAAGGGGGAGGAAACCCCAAGGCCUCUCACACUCACGAUGCCAUCACUGAGGCUGCCCAGCUGAUGAAGGAGGCUGUGGAUGACAUCAUGGUCACCCUCAAUGAAGCUGCGAGUGAGGUUGGCAUGGUCGGGGGUAUGGUGGACUCGAUUGCAGAGGCAAUGAGCAAGCUGGAUGAAGGUACACCUCCAGAUCCCAAGGGAACCUUUGUCGAUUAUCAGACCACUGUGGUGAAAUAUUCCAAGGCCAUUGCUGUAACAGCACAGGAAAUGAUGACUAAGUCGGUUACUAACCCGGAGGAGCUGGGCGGACUGGCCUCGCAGAUGACCAAUGACUAUGGGCAUCUGGCUCUGCAGGGCCGGAUGGCUGCGGCUACGGCAGAACCAGAGGAGAUCGGGUUCCAGAUCAGGACUCGGGUGCAGGAGCUUGGCCAUGGCUGCAUCUUCCUUGUGCAGAAAGCUGGAGCCCUGCAGAUUUGCCCUACAGACAGUUACACCAAGAGGGAGCUGAUCGAGUGUGCUCGAGCUGUCACAGAGAAGGUGUCGUUGGUUCUGUCUGCCCUCCAGGCAGGGAACAAAGGCACCCAAGCCUGUAUCACUGCUGCCAGUGCCGUGUCAGGGAUCAUUGCAGACCUGGACACCACCAUCAUGUUUGCCACUGCUGGCACCCUCAAUGCUGAGAACAACGAGUCCUUCGCUGAUCACAGGGAAAACAUCCUGAAAACAGCAAAAGCUUUAGUUGAAGACACAAAACUGUUGGUUUCUGGUGCUGCCUCAAGUCAGGACAAACUGGCCCAAGCAGCUCAGUCCUCAGCCAACACCAUCACUCAGCUUGCUGAGGUGGUGAAAUUGGGAGCAGCAAGCUUGGGAUCCGAUGAUCCUGAAACACAGGUUGUCCUCAUCAAUGCCAUUAAGGAUGUUGCCAAGGCCCUCUCUGACCUCAUCGGUGCUACCAAAGGAGCUGCCAGCAAACCAGCAGAUGAUCCCUCCAUGUACCAGCUCAAAGGGGCUGCCAAGGUGAUGGUAACAAAUGUCACCUCCCUGUUGAAGACUGUGAAAGCAGUGGAAGAUGAAGCCACUCGAGGGACGAGAGCUCUUGAGGCCACCAUCGAGUACAUCAAGCAGGAGCUGACGGUGUUCCAGUCGAGCGAGGUUCCAGAGAAGACAUCAUCCCCCGAAGAGUCCAUCCGGAUGACGAAGGGGAUCACCAUGGCAACGGCCAAAGCUGUUGCAGCUGGGAACUCGUGCAGGCAGGAGGAUGUGAUCGCCACAGCCAACCUGAGCCGCAAGGCGGUCGCUGACAUGCUGACAGCCUGCAAGCAAGCGUCGCAUCACCCCGAUGUGAGCGAAGAGGUUCGAGAGAGAGCCCUGCGCUUUGGCACGGAGUGCACCCUGGGCUACCUGGAGCUCCUGGAACACGUGCUCCUGAUCCUUCAGAAACCAACCCCAGAGCUGAAGCACCAGCUGGCCUCGUUGUCCAAGCGCGUUGCGGGUGCCGUGACAGAGCUCAUCCAGUCAGCAGAGGCCAUGAAGGGGACAGAGUGGGUGGAUCCCGAAGACCCCACGGUGAUUGCAGAGACGGAGCUGCUGGGGGCUGCAGCGUCCAUUGAGGCUGCAGCCAAGAAACUGGAGCAGCUGAAACCAAGAGCCAAGCCCAAGCAAGCAGAUGAGACUCUGGAUUUUGAAGAGCAGAUCCUGGAAGCAGCUAAAUCCAUUGCAGCUGCUACCAGUGCCCUGGUGAAGUCAGCAUCAGCAGCCCAGAGGGAACUGGUGGCCCAGGGAAAGGUUGGAGCAAUCCCUGCCAACGCAGCUGACGAUGGACAGUGGUCUCAGGGACUCAUUUCUGCUGCCCGGAUGGUGGCAGCUGCAACCAGCAACCUGUGCGAGGCGGCCAACGCCUCGGUGCAGGGCCACGCCAGCGAGGAGAAGCUCAUCUCCUCUGCCAAGCAAGUGGCAGCUUCCACGGCACAGCUGCUGGUGGCCUGCAAGGUGAAGGCUGAUCACGACUCCGAGGCCAUGAGGAGGCUGCAGGCUGCAGGCAAUGCUGUCAAACGUGCGUCAGACAAUCUUGUGAGGGCAGCCCAGAAAGCAGCUUUUGGGAAAGCAGAGGACGACGAUGUCGUGGUCAAAACCAAGUUCGUGGGUGGCAUCGCUCAGAUCAUUGCAGCCCAGGAAGAAAUGCUGAAGAAGGAGAGAGAGCUGGAAGAAGCAAGGAAAAAGCUGGCCCAGAUCCGCCAACAGCAAUACAAAUUCCUGCCCACAGAGCUGAGGGAAGAUGAGGGUUAACCUGCUGAGAUUUUCUUCCUUUUUUGUUUUGUCUUUUUUUUUUUCCCCUUUUUUUUUGUUGGUUUUUUUUUUCCUUUUAAAGAAAUAAGCUAAAGGGGGGACAGCACACUGAGAACUGCUCUGCCAGCAUACUGGUAUGCCAAGCACUUAGCUGAACAACUGCCUGUCACAGCUUUGGAUGAGCAGAGGGCAGUAACCACUUGUCCUUUCCCAUCUGCUCA